CCACGUGCAGGUAGAACAAGAGGCUCACAAUGUGUGGUAUCUGGGCCCUGUUUGGGAGUGAUGAAUGCCUUUCUGUGCAGUGCCUAAGUGCCAUGAAGAUAGCACACAGAGGUCCUGAUGCAUUUCGUUUUGAGAACGUCAAUGGUUUCACCAACUGCUGCUUUGGUUUCCACCGCCUGGCAGUUGUGGAUCAGUUAUAUGGUAUGCAGCCAAUCCGGGUGAAGAAAUUCCCAUACCUCUGGCUGUGUUACAAUGGAGAAAUCUACAAUUUCAAACAGCUGCAGAAGCAGUUUGGAUUUGACUAUCAAACAUUAGUGGAUGGUGAGGUUAUCCUUCAUCUAUACAACAGAGGAGGAAUAGAACAAACAGCAUCCAUGCUAGAUGGUGUAUUUGCUUUCAUCCUUCUGGACACUGCAAACAGAAAAGUGUUUCUGGCGAGAGAUACCUAUGGAGUCAGACCACUGUUUAAGGUGCUGACUGAUGAUGGAUUUUUGGGUGUCUGUUCUGAGGCAAAAGGACUUAUCAACUUAAAGCAUUCAACAUCCUUAUGUUCUAAAGUGGAACCAUUUCUUCCUGGUCAUUAUGAAGUGUUGGACUUAAAGCCCUCUGGCAAGGUUGCAUCAGUGGAAUUAGUAAAGUUUCACAGUUGUAAAGAUGAACCACUCCAUGCUGCAUGUGAUACAGUGGAAGCUCUGCCUUCAGGUUUUGACCUUGAAACGGUGAAAAGCAACAUCCGUAUUCUCUUUGAAAAUGCUGUUAGAAAACGUUUGAUGGCUCACAGGAGGAUUGGUUGUCUUCUGUCAGGGGGCUUAGAUUCCAGCUUGGUUGCAGCUGUUCUUCUGAAACUGAUGAAAGAAAUCAACAUCAAUUAUCCAUUACAAACCUUUGCAAUUGGAAUGGAAAACAGUCCUGACUUACUUGCUGCUAGAAAGGUAGCAGCACAUAUAGGCAGUGAACAUCAUGAAGUAAUACUUAAUACUGAAGAGGGGAUUCAGGCAAUAGAGGAGGUUAUCUUCUCGUUGGAAACCUAUGAUAUAACAACAAUAAGAGCUUCUAUUGGUAUGUAUCUUGUCUCCAAAUAUAUUCGGAAGAAAACAGACAGUGUGGUCAUUUUUUCAGGAGAAGGCUCAGAUGAGCUGACACAAGGAUAUAUAUAUUUCCAUAAGGCACCAUCUCCCGAGGAAGCUGCAGAAGAGAGCGAGAGGCUUCUGAAGGAGCUCUACCUGUUUGAUGUACUUCGUGCAGACAGAACUACUGCAGCACAUGGCCUUGAACUGAGAGUCCCAUUUUUGGAUCAUCGGUUUACUUCUUAUUAUUUAUCUCUGCCAGCAGAACUGCGAAUCCCAAAGAAUGGAAUUGAAAAAUACCUUUUAAGAUUGUCCUUUGAAGAUUCCAAUUUACUUCCCAAAGAAAUUCUCUGGAGACCUAAAGAAGCUUUCAGUGAUGGUAUAGCCUCAGUAAAGAAAUCCUGGUUUUCCAUUCUUCAGGACUAUAUUGAUCAACAGGUUGAUGACCUUUUACUGGAGAAGGCAGCGGAGAAAUAUCCUUUCAAUCCUCCUAAAACAAAAGAAAGUUAUUACUACCGGCAGAUCUUUGAAAAACACUACCCAGGGCGGAGCAGCUGGCUGCCCCACUACUGGAUGCCAAGAUGGGUUAAAGCUACUGAUCCUUCUGCACGCACAUUGAAACAUUACAAGUCAGCUACCCAAGAGUAGACUGUUCAAAUAAUCCCCAUAUAAAAGUGCUGCAAGCGUUUUGUGUGCACUCUGCUUUAAGAAAACCAAACAAAUUAUGCAAACCUAAAGCUUAAAUCGUCUUUAAGGUGUUCUUUGACAAUGCUAUUGGAAAUAAAAGCUUUCUGUUGUUGGUGUACUGUUAAGAACUUAUGCUGCUGUACCAAAACUUUGUAAUUCACGGGGACAUACUUUCUGGACAAGGGACUACUUUGUUUGACAGCUCUGUUCCUUACGUAACCUUGACUGUAUUAAUUUUCCUUGAAGUCAUUUAAUAUAUUUUAAUGUGAGCUCUGUUUUGAGGAUUUGAAUCAGGCUGAGGGAUGCAAACUCCCCUCUGAGCAAAGGGGAAUUGGACUCUAGCUAUCUGGUGAUUUCUGUUCCUGGCUGAGGAGCUUGAAUAGUAUCUGCAUUAUUCUAUUCUGAAUGUUCUUCUACACACUCCUGAAAACCUUGGUCUAGUUUUCAAAAAGUAUUUAGAUAUUCAUAGCUAUGCAGAGAUGCUUUCUAGAGUUUAUUGAGAUGGUGCUGGGAGUUAAUUAAAUUAAUGGCAAUCUUAUUUGUUACUGUGAAGCCACCAGUUGGCUGUUCUGUAAAUAUACCAUCAGUCGAAAGAUAUUGUGACUGUUAUCAAAGAGCAGAAUGGAUAAGAGAAGCCAACUUAAAUCUUUGUUUCUAACUCACGGACUUCAGCUUUUAUAAAUGUAUUUAUUAUUCUUGAAAAAAUAGUGUUAACUGGGUGAUGUGUAUCAGUCUGGAAAUUGCAUGAGUAAGUAUUUGAAGAAAUUUUUCAUUUAUUGUGAGAGUUUUCCACCUGUAUGAUGAAAAGGCUGACUGUGUUGCUGCUGAACUGCAGGUGGCCAACUGUGUGGGUGAACCAAACCUGUUAACCAUAGGUUGUGGUUGGACAAAGCAUCACUGACAACAAUGGGAUCAGAUGCCUUGUUUGGAAAAGUAGGGGGAAAACUGCUUCAGAAAUCACAAGAGCUUCUAAUACUCUACUGAAAAAAACACCUGAGUUUUUACCCAAGAUAACUUUUUAUUAACUAAGUCAUGGGGGUUACUUUUAGGAAGGUAACUUAAGUACUAGGGUGGUCAAGAAAUACAUGUGUGCUGCAGAUGGACUUGAUUAGUAUUAUGCUCUUUGUGAAAACAAAUCAUCUUUAUUGUCCCUCUUGACUAGGAAACCAAAGCCAUUUUUUUAUUUCAAAGAUAAAAUAUAAGCUGUUCUGAUUUAAAACUUUCACAAAAUGACUGGUUGUCUGUUUGUUGCUCCACCCUAAUCCUGAAUUUGAGUCUAUCCCUGAAACUUUACUGAAGCCUUUUGGUGGCACCACAGCACUUGUGAGCUCUCUGUAAUAUGUUUCUGCACCCUUCUUUACUUAAGGUAUAUGUGCUUCUCUUUUAGAAUUUCUUUGAAACAGUUAAGAAUAUUUUGAGUUGAGAGAAGAGUGUAGAGUAUGUGGUUAGGUACUGAUGUGUACAGGUAAGAUUUACUACUCACUGUAAACUUCCAAGUCUGUAAGAAAACAGUAUAUGCCUGAAGUGAAAAUAGGCUAAACAUGUUUUGGGAUCACUGCCCAAAUGCACUUUGUGUUGCAACAUUGCAGCAUUCAAAGAAAUCCAGCUGAUUUUUAAAAAACUCCUAGUACAUUGGAGUUUUAUAUAUCAGGGAAAUAUUCUGGAUUGAUGAUUCAGUUAUUUUAGCUUUUUACUAAUGUGCACGAGAAGAAUACAGUGCUUGCUGCCUUGUCAAAGGUCUUGUGAGUAUGAAACCUGUUCAUUUCUUCUCUAUGUAUAGAAUUCUACAGCCUUUUUGGUUUCUGUGAUGCCAUGUUUUCUCUUUUUUUCCCCCUUUAAAAUAAAAAUCGAGGCAAAAAAAACA